CAAACAAUGUCAAUGAAAGACUUUAAAAUUUUAUCAAAAUUAGGUAAAUCUCUUACUAACAAUUAAAGGUGAUGGUGCUUUUUCUAGUGUUUAUAGGGUGAGGAGAAUUGAAGAUCAUCUUGAGUAUGCUUUGAAAAAAGUUAAUCUUAACAACUUAUCUGACAAGGAAAAACAAAAUGCAUUAAAUGAAGUAAGAAUUUUGGCCUCUAUUCAUCAUCAAAACAUUAUAAGUUAUAAAGAAGCUUUUCUGGACACACCUACUAAUUCCUUAUGGUAAAUUAUGGUUUAUUGAUAUUUCUGUAGCAUCAUAAUGGAACUAGCCUCUGAUGGAGACUUAUUGUAAAAGAUCAAGAAAUAUAUUAAAACUAAUAGUUCUUUUAAAGAAGCCGAUAUUUUUCGAUAUGCUUUUUAACUAUUAAACGCUCUUAAAUCUCUACACGAUAUGAAAGUUAUGCAUAGAGAUAUUAAGAGUGCAAAUGUUUUCAUCAUUAAUAAUGAAGUUAAAUUAGGAGAUAUGAAUGUAUCUAAAGUUGCAAAACAAGGGUUACUCUAUACUUAAACUGGUACACCUUAUUAUGCCAGUCCUGAAGUGUGGAAAGAUCAUCCAUAUGAUUGUAAAUCUGAUAUAUGGUCAUUGGGAUGUGUACUUUAUGAAAUGGCAGCACUCAAAUUACCAUUCCAAGCUGAAGAUAUGGAUGGACUAUUUAAAAAAGUAGUCAAAGGUAUUUCAUAUAUUAUAAUUCAAGGGUUUUAUCCAAAAUUACCAGUUACUUACUCCUUUGAUUUAUAAAAUCUUAUUAGAAUGAUGUUGCAAGUAUCUACUGCUUUAAGACCCACUGCUACUUAACUAUUAGAAUUACCUUUCUUUCAAAAAUAUAAAUUAAAUACCCCAGAUUCAUCUGCUUAAUUAUUAAAUACCAUACUAUUUCCAAAAAAUAAGAGUUAUAUUAACAUUUUCCCAAAACCUACUUAUAAAUUCAAAACUGAAUCAACUGAUAAAAAUGAUUUAGAACAAGUACAUCGAAAAAGAUAAGCAACUUUAGGAGGAAAUCCAUCCAUUUUUACUAAUCCCACCAGACUAUCUUAAUAUGAAGAAAGCAGUAAUAUUAUAUCUUAAUUCAGAUCAUUAAUCUUAAGUCCCUAUUAAAUUAGAUAAAUUAGAUUAAGUUCAAUUAAAAUCUAAUCGUCACUCUCUUGUUAAAUUACUAUCAGAUGGAUCUUAGCCUAGAUCUUAUAGUAAAGUUAAUUCAAAUAAACUGUUACAGGAUAAGAUUCGCAAAAGGGUUCCCAUUCCUACAUUAUUAGACAACAUGUCUCCAAUUCUUUGCAAAAAAAGUAUUAGAGCUGGAAAUGAUUCUAAUUCUACAAUGCUACCAUAAAUUUCUUGA